AAGGGAGAAAACCCAAGUACCACUACCACCAGUCCACCACAACCACAAAGGCGCAAUGUCAACUUCUUCCUCCGGAGCCCGGACACAAAAACCGCAUGCACACCUUGCCAAGCUAUCUAGUCCGCUAGCUGUCUCCCACGUGUGCGUACGUUGCGUCUGACUGACACGCCGCCCAGGCCCAGGCCCAGGCGCCCAACUAGCAUGGCGAGCGCGCGGCCGCCGCAGGCGCAGGGCACGACGACGUGCUGCACCGGCUGCGGCGCGUGCCUGCGCGUGGCCCCCGGGGCCCGUUCCGUGCGGUGCGGGCUCUGCCACGCCGUCACGCGCGGGGAGCGCCGCCCCCCGCACGGCCUGCACCACGCCGCCGUGGGCAUCAUCAAGGGCCUCACCGGAGUCUUCGCGUCGCCGCGGGGGACCGGCGGCGGCGGCGGCGCCGGCGCGGUGCUCCAGGAGCUGCCGGCGAGCUUCCCGCGCGUCCGCGGCUGCAAGAAGCGCGCGCUCCUGGUGGGGAUCAGCUACGCCGCCACCAAGCACGAGCUCAGGGGUGCCGUCAACGACGUCCACUGCAUGAGCUACCUGCUCCGCGAGCGCUUCGGCUUCCCGGAGGAAUGCAUCCUCGUGCUCACACAGGAGGACAAGGACCCUGCACGGGUGCCGGCGCGGGCGAACCUGAUGCGGGCGCUGCGGUGGCUCGUGGACGGCACCAGCGCCGGGGACUCCCUGGUGUUCCACUUCUCCGGCCACGGCGUGCAGAGGCUGGACAGGGACGGCGACGAGGCGGACGGCUACGACGAGGCGCUGUGCCCGGUGGACUUCGACGACCCCCACGGCGGCGGCGUCAUCCUGGACGACGAGAUCAACGCCACCAUCGUGCGCCCGCUCGGCAAGGGCGUCAAGCUGCACGCCUUCGUGGACACCUGCCACAGCGGCACCAUGCUGGACCUCCCGUACCUCUGCCGCCUGUCCAGGACCGGAUACUGGCAGUGGGAGAACCAACAGAGCGGCCUCUCCGGCGAUACCAAGUGCACCAGCGGCGGCCUCGCCAUCUCCAUCAGCGGCUGCGCCGACAGCCAGAUGUCGCAAGACAGCACGUCGGUGUCCGCGCCCACCUCCACCGGCGCCAUGACGUACAGCUUCAUCAAGGCGGUGGAGUCAGAACCAGGCACCACCUACGGCCGCCUGCUGGCGGCGAUGAGGGCCACCAUCCGCCAGAACGGCGGGGAGUUGGGCAUACCGGGCCCCAUCGGCACCUUCUUCCGCCGGGUCAUCACAUUCAGCUGCGCGCAGGAGCCCCAGCUGUGCGCUUCAGAAACGUUCGACGUCUACACGAAACCCUUCCUCUUGUGACUCCUUUAAUUUCCUUUAUAUUUACGACAUUGCCUUAAGCCCAUAAGACCGUGUAUCCAACAGUUUACUCAUACUGUUAUCUAAAAUAUUAUUUUAUAUUAUUUUGUAUUGUAUUAUUUACAAAGUAUAGUUUAAAUAUGAAGACGAGGAUAAAGAUGAGUAAACUGCUGACAAUAACGAUAAUAGUGUCCUUGAAAAAUCGUCUUAACCAGUGCACAGAAGACUGAAAAGUGAAGACAGCAUCGGAGCUCUCCGAUGGUGCACCGGGGAUUUUAUUGUAGCUUUGAAGUGCAUCCAGCGAGAACUCACUCCUCUGAAUACUAUAAUAGUUACCAUUGUUUAAGUAAAAUGUUUAACAAUGACUAGUUAAACAUUAUACUUUUGUAGCCUGAGCUACCCGGUGCACCAUGCUUUUGUAGCAUGAGCUCUCAAUGUCUAUUUGGUGUUUGGGAGCCUAUAUAUAACCUGGCCUUGGUCAAUUAUUUUAUGUGUGUUAGAGCUUGAGGAAGCCAUAGUAAA